UAAACCUAUCAUAAGCGUGGGCGUAGGCGUGUGGGGAGAGAAGCGAGCUUAGGCGUAGUCCUCUUCCUCCCCAUUCCUGCUGCUUCACAUGGCGGCUAGGCCUUCCGGAGCGCCAGGGAACCACGACCCCGUUAGUGACAACAUCGUGGCUGCGUGUUGAGUCGCUACUGCGGGUGCCAGCGGGCCGUCGGUGCCGCCCGGGAGUGCCAGCCAUUCAGUGCCGGGGUCAUCGGUGGUGCGAGUAGAUAGUGAGGACGGAGGAGCACCUGUACCAGCCCACACGCCCGCCGCGUUACCGCUGUCACUCGUGGGCGCGCAAACUGGACGCAGCGACCCAGCCAGUGUGUGCUCGCCGCGGCCUCCGUGCGCAUCUCCGUGACAUUGUGGCGUUUGGUGAUUAGUGAUAAAAAGAGAAUAAAAUUGAUGAUAGUGAGAAAAAAGUGGGAAUACAGAAGAAUGAGUGAGCAGUGUUUGUAGUUCACUACAAGAUAAAUUGGUAGCUGAAGAAAUAUGAAGUGAUGCAGUUUAGUGCAGCUAAAACAGAAGUGGACUGAUGUAAACUAGGUUUUAUUGCCACUUUGUACAUCCUCAUCUGUCAUUUGGUAACCUGAAUGAAAGCAAUGAAUAGACGUUGCAGCUCAGUUAGUGUGUUUAGAUGAAACACGCGCACUUGAGUGCUUCUUGUGGGUGUUCAGUGGGCGUGGGAAGAGCUUCAGGAUGUCCGGCGGGCGGCGACUGGACUGGCGCGGGUCGUCCGGGUCCUUGUGGGGCCGCGGGCGUGACCACGGGAGCGGAACGGACAAUUUGGACCUGCUGAACGGCGCCCGUCACAUAGUGCCCCCCUCAGGCGAUGGACGGAGCGCCACCCACGGCCGCCCGCGCCGCAAAGGGCUGCGCAAGCGCUUCCUGUCCCUGACGGAGGGCCUCACCAACUUCCUCUCCGGCGACAAGAAGGAGAAGGAGCCGGUCAAGCGCUCCGCCUUCCGUCCCUUCGACCAUUCCACCGACCUGGACGUCGACCUCGUGAGCGGCUACUGCUCCGACUACAGCUCCGACUGCCGGACGGAGUACCGGCGUAAAAAUAGCAACUCCAGCAUGUCUUCCUUCAAGCGCAGCGUGUCGCCGUGGUCGGGCCCCGUGAACGGCCGCAGCGGAGGCCAGCUGGUAAGCGGCGCGGCCACUCAGAGCGGCCCCCUGGCCAGCGCCAAGCCCCAGGGCCCCGUGAAGGCACCGCCCAGCCCGCCGCCCCGCCGCUACUCACUCUGGGCCAUGGACGUCCAGUACGACCACUACUUCUUCCCAGACCCGCUACGACCCAACGCCCCCGUCAGCUACGUCCCGCCCCCACCUCCGCCCGUCAAGGCGCCCCCGCCGCCCCCACCCAUCCGCUACUUCAACCUGGCCCCGCCCGUAUCUUCCUCCAUGAGUCGCCAAACCUCCCCGCGCCCCUACCAACCCCCAUCCCCUUCCGUGGCGAGGCUCCUGUCAGCCAAGCGGGCGUGCUCUCCGCCCUCGCCCCGCUCUCACAGUCCCUUCAGGGGCGGCACACCCCCUACACCCAGGGUUUCCACGCCCUUGGGCUCCCCGGUAUUGCGAGGGCGCAGUAAAUCUGACAGUCGAACCGAGUCGUCGCGGGCGGGGUCGGAGAGCCGCGGACACGACUCGAGGGCGGCCUGGUACCGCAGGAAAUCCCAAGCAAGAAAGCGAGCGCAAUCACCGGUGCAAGGGAGCGGGUGCGUGGUGGGGCGAACGGUGGACGUGGUGUUAGAGAAGGAGGAAGGAAGCUUCGGGUUCACGGUUCGAGGCGGUUCGUCCCACGAUGCUACGAAGACCCGCCCGCUCGUCAUCACCCACGUCAGGCCAGGGGGACCCGCUGACAGGGAGGGCACAAUCAAAGCCGGAGACCGCCUGGUGACGGUGGACGGCCGAGACCUCACGCGCUGCUCCCUCACCGAAGCCCAGGAAACACUCCGCCGGAUCGAGCGCUCUGCCACGCUCACCGUCGAGUAUGACGUGUCGGUGAUGGAGAACGUGCGAGCGUCGGGAGGGCCGUUGCUCGUGGAGAUCGAACGUGCCCCGGGUACGUCCUUGGGCAUCACCCUUACGCACGCACACCCGGACCCCAACGCCAUCAUCAUAGAGACCAUUAGGACGGCCAGCAUCGCCGAGAGAUGCGGUGCUCUGUGCGUGAACGACAUAGUGGCAGCCAUCGAUGGAACAAGACUGGAUCAGCUUACUGUUGCUGAAGCUGCGCAGUUACUGAAAACAGCAUCGGGUUCGCACAUCACCCUCGAGAUCAUCCCGACUCCGGCCUCUCAGCCCAGGAUGACCUUCAGGAGAGGCGGGGGCGUGGCAUUCCCACACCUAUACGGCAUCGCAGGAAGCAGCAGCGGCUACAUGAGCGGCGGCGGCAGCGGGGGUUACAUGUCCGGGGGGUCGAGCUAUAACACGUUGGCUUCGCAGCGACCUAGGUCAGCGGCCGCGCGAAGGGUCAACCGCCGCACCAGACCCAAUGACCGCACGGAAACAGGAUCCGUCUCGUCCCACACCACCGGAGGCAGCGUGGGCGGAGUUGGAGUGUGCCAUCAGGAGUGUCUGACCGUCACCCUCGUAGUUGAAGGACGAGGCUACGGGAUAGUGUUCCGGCCUCCACCUCAUCCUUCUGACCCGGACACUUCGCUUCCAGUCAUCGCAGCCAUAGAUCCUGGUGGUCCGGCAGACAAAUGCAGUGUGAUAUGCGUAGGCGACCGUCUGAUGGGCGUGAAUGGACGUAGCGUAGCUGGUCUCGGAGUGAGCGAAGUGACGCAGAUGGUUGCCAAUUCUCGGCCAACUGUUACUCUUGAUGUCGAGUUUGAUGUUGCUGAUUCAGUUGUUCCUUCCUCUGGAACAUUUGCUGUGAAGUUAGCAAAGAGACACAAUGGCCUUGGAAUUACACUGACUGGGCGUCGAGGGGGAUCUGGUGAACCCCUUCUGAUCAGCGAAGUCGUGCGUGGCUCUCCUGCCCAUCGGUCGGGCACUAUGCAACCUGGCGACCGUCUCCUUGCCAUUGACUCUACACGAUUAGAGCACCUCACCUUGGAGGAUGCUAGGGCCAUCCUUCAGUGCUGUGAUGAUAUUGUGACUCUGCGAGUUCAGAAAGAUGAACUAUAUUCAGAAGAGAGCGGUAGUCUGGUGGUAUACACAGUAGAGCUGGUCCGACACGGGGGCGCCCUUGGGAUAACCAUCUCGGGAAGCGAAGAGCCGUUUGAUCCCAUUUACAUUGCGGGUCUUGCUCCAGGUGGGUUAGCAGACCGCACUGGUGCCAUACACGUAGGUGAUCGCCUUCUUGCAAUUAAUGGUGCCUCUCUACGCGGGAAGCCUCUCAGUGAAGCUAUAUUGAUGCUCCAGAAUUCUGGUGAUACAGUCACAUUGAAGAUUUCACGGCCUAGGGAUUCAGGUGUUCCAAGUGAAGAGCUGACACGAGAAGACUGGAUGGGACGCUUUGGUCCUGCAAUCCCAUCUGUGGACUCGGCAGUAGAGUCCUGGGACAGUUCUGGCAUGGACCCUCCUCCUCCUGGCUCUACUCCAGCAUUAUCUAAAAGGGAUUCUGGAUCUGAUAUUGUCUUUAGAUCAGAUUGUGGCAGUACUGUCAGACGAAGAGCUGGAGUCGAUGGCCGUGAAGAAGUUGGCAAUAGCAAUGCAAGUGAUGCAGAUGGUGUAGAGGGAUCAACAAGAACAGAGGAAGAAGUCAGAGAUGCUUGGCGGUCUCCUUCUCCCCCACCGUCAAUUGAUAGUGGGCAGUCAGAAGAUAAAACGGAUUGGGACAAGAUGAUUGCUGACCUCAACCAGAUAAGUGAGAGUUGCGGUCUUCGAGAUCAUCGUCAGUCUCCUACAAUACUCCUACCACAUGGACAUACAGGUACAGUAAUCCAACGCAAAAAAGAUGUACGGGCUGGCAGUGAAGCUCCCAUGCCUGAUGUAGGGUCGGCACCUGAACCAUCUCGAACCCAAACUCUGUCAACUCGCAGACGUCCAGCCUGUCCAGUGACGAGUGCAAGUAGUAAUGGGAGUGAACCAAAAGAAGAAGGAAGCUAUUCCAUUAGCAAUGCUGCUUUAACAUACACAGCAACAUAUUCAAGAACAGCUUCACCACCACCAGGUGGUGGGCAUGUUUACCAAGUGAACCUUAUGAAAGACCGUGUAUAUGAAGACUUUGGAUUUAGUGUGUCUGAUGGUCUAUACGAAAAGGGUGUGUAUAUUAACAGGAUCCGAAAAGGAGGUCCUGCUGAUAGAUCUGGGAUGCUACAGCCCUUUGACAGAAUCUUACAAGUGAAUGACACACGGACCCACGACUUCGACUGCUGCCUAACCGUUCCCUUGAUGGCUGCUGCAGGAGACCGUCUGGUGCUUGUUGUGUCACGAAACCCGCAUGCCAACCCUGCACUUGACUUCUCCUCAGAUAUUCAUUCCCCAACGUGGCAUGAUAUUGAUGAAGGAGAAGAAGAUGAAGCUAUGGGAGAAAAAGACGAGCUUGGGGAUCGAGAGCUAGAGUCAUAUUCAUCACCCACGCCAUCCUUUACUCCCAUACCAACGAUCCUCAAGACUCUGUGAGCUGUCAGUCUCGUGCCCCCAAAAGUGAAUGGUGUAACCCACUCCAUUUUUUGCUGUAUUUAUUUCAUUGAUCCUUUUUGGUUUUUGAAAGUGACUGUGAAUGCAUUGUAAACAUAUGUUUUAUAUGAAAGAGAUAUUACUUUAUUUGGGUAUUUGUUAAGAGAAAGGCCUUUUCUGUGUCUUCAUCUUUAGAUUGUAGUCUUAGGUUUGUAGAUUUUUUGUUUCAUUUGUGUCUACAUGCCUUCUACAUGAGGUAACUUUUCCUAUCAGCUCUGGGGCACAUCUGUGGAUGCCUGGUUGACAGACAUCUGGCUCGGUUCACCCUUUCUAUUCCCCACAAACCACUUACACUCUUCCCCUGACAUGCGAAACACUUCAAUUUAUCAUGCUUUCGUUCAUCAACACUCACA